GCCCUCCCCGGCAGCAGUCCGCAAAACCUACCGCGGCCACAGAGCAAAGUUCCUUUCUCUCCUUCUCGGCCGCCGUAGUUUUUAAAGAAACGGUUACCCAGCAACGAAAAAAAGCAAUUCUAACCCUCGGUACCAGCUGGGAGAGAAAGAAGAGGUACCAUAGGCAAUUCUUCCCAAGGACAUGUCGAUUCCAUUCUCCAACACCUACCUCCGAAUUCCACAAGGGUUUGGGAAUCUUCUUGAAGGGCUCACGUGUGAGAUUCUGAGAGAGCAACCGGACAAUAUACCAGCUUUUGCAGCAGCAUAUUUUAAGGACCUUCUUGAGAAAAGAGACAAAACCAACUUUGAUCCAGCAGAAUGGGGGGCUAAGAUAGAUGACCGCUUCUAUAACAACCAUGCAUUCAAGGAUUCUUCUGAUGAAAAUAAAGAGGAAGUUGCUGCUGUCAAAAUCCAAGCAGCCUUCCGGAGACACAUAGCCAGAGAAGAGGUAAAGAAAAUGAAAUCAGAUAAACUUGAAAAAGACAAAGAAGAAGAAAAUGAGUGAAGACACAGGUUUUGCCCCCCAGAUAACAUGAAAAAAUAAUCCAAAUCUAUCCAACUUGUUGUAAUUGUCAUUUUUUCCUGAGUAAGAGAGACUUGAUGUUGUGAAAUAACAUUUAUUGCUGUUGUGAAAGUCUGUUGGGCAUUUAAUAGACAUGCCACAGAAACUUACCACUUAAAGAUUUCUCUAAAAUUAUGAGGAUUGUUUCUACUUGUCCCAGGUCUAUGAAUAGAUAACUUUGGAUUCCGCUAUCAAACUGGAGAGGUUAUAUGGUCUUACCAUUAUCUAAUGAAUAAAUCCUAUCACAUCCCUGAAAAAUGG